AUGGCUUUGAGAGAUGAACCCGGCUCUGAAAGGCCUUUGAUCUUGUCUCGUUACAGACAUGGCGACUUGGAUCUUGAUGCGUUAAUUCAGCGAGUGGACAAAUAUGCUGCCCAAGUCGAAGCCGUCGAGGCAGGUAUGAAGCAGAUGCGACCGUUCUCGUUGGAGUCUGUCGAGGAGAAAUCGAACAGGCGCCCUUGGUUCAAAGCAAAAGAGGGUGACAUGUCUGCUGGGACGUCACCUGUUAAAAAAGAUCAUGGAUCAAGCAGAGCAUCUUCCUCAAGUUACGAAAGCAUACCAUGUCCAUCGGACGAAAGCAUGGCAGAUCAUGUAAUUGGAACGGAGCUGGGCGAGCACAAGGGCCAUCCUGUUGAGUUGAAGCACAUCUCGCAGAUUCACAACAGUGUUUAUCUCAAACCAUCAAGAUGCCAGACAUGUGGGAAACGCAGGGCACCAAAACCUUUCGAAGCCUCUCUGGAACAAGCAAACGGCCUGCCACACUGGAAAGAACCACAAUCGCCUACAUCGCAGGAGGCAUCUUUCCCGCAGUAUCUUGUUCUUCCACAGCAGCCACCUACACCACGCCUCCAUAGUAGUCGAAGGUCGUCAAGAGCUGGGGAGCUACGAGGAGAAAUUGGCUAUAAUGCGCAUGGUCCUGAGGUGGAAGAAUAUUUCACUGACAGUGAAGCUGACGAACCGAAGCUUCAGGCCAGGGACCCAGCGCACCGAGAGAUGAUGCCCUCCUGGCCAUUUCCACCAGAGAAUUCCACUGGCUUUGGAGCUGCACAACCAGUACCAAACCCCAACUUGUCGCCAAGGGCCGUCAAGGUUCACUCUUGGAACCAUGCGGAAGGGCCACCAAAACGCAAAGAAAGUUUAGCAGUAAAUUGCACCGCACCUUUGCCCAAGAAUCAGGAAAGGUCCUCGCCCGUGCCACCUCUCUCGCACAGCGGUUCCCUCGCGACCGUGGCAACAUUGAGCCCUCCGCCCACGCCCAUACUGAUGUGUUCCCCUUACGAAGAUCAGCUGCGUAGAGAGCUGGAGAUCCAGGUACUUCAUGAAGGGCCUGAAGCUCUUGAAUCGAAGUACAAGCUGGGAGGCCCUCUCACGCUGAACGUUGUAGAUGAUUAUGAUGAUGACGGCAACGAUCAAGGAGAGGUAGGUGGCCAAACCCCCGAGAAGACAACCAUGUCUACGUGGGCGCUGCCAAAAGACAAUGGCCGACUUCAGUUGAAGCGGAGCGAAACCAUCUUGGGUAUAUUUCGGAAAAGGUCGCCGUUGGAGAAGUUUAUCGAUAUGUACCUGGAGGAGGACGACGACCCAGAAGAGGACAAAACUCCCAGAAGGGCACGAUCCAUGAGACCCUGGAGAUGGUCACCUGGUCAACUCAAAGCAACAAAUACCCCCCCGGUCCCUCCCCUGCUACAAGCAAACCAUGAGCAGCCUUCAGGAUGA